CAGUCAAGGAAUUUUAAAAACAGAGGAUUUUGUAACCAUAGAACACUCUCCGAGAUUUAAAAGGCCACAGAGCUCCAGAUGCAUAAUCAUUUAUCUUUCUUCUGAAGAAAUUCCUCCCUUUAUAAGUUUACACGGUGAACAACUCACCCAUCUCCAUCAAACACUGAUUUGAGGUAAAGGCAGAGUGGACAUGUGCGUCUGGACAAAGCUUUCGGUAUUUUGGGUGCCGCUGUUCCCUCUGCUCAGCCUUGUUUCCUCUGCUGAGACAGAAAAACCCUCAACCCCAGGCAGCAGAGGCACUUGGAGUGCAGGCCAACUGACAGAAGUACUACAACUUCUCUCUCCUGGUGACCCUCUACCCCUGAACUGCUCAAGAAGCCUCAUCAAAGCAUUUUUGGAGAAAACUGGAUGUCCACGGAGGACAAAUGGAAUGCAAGGAGAUUGCAAUCUGUGCUUUGAACCAGAUGCACUGUUACUAAUAGCUGAAGGAGAUUUUGAAGACCAGUUCAGAGAAGAUGUGAUCCAGAGAGUUUCUCUUCUCCUCCUCUACUACAUCAUUCAUCAGGAAGAGAUCUGUUCUUCAAAGCUCAACAUGAGUAAUAAAGAGUAUAAAUUUUACUUGCACAGUCUCCUCAAUCUCAGGCAAGAUGAAGACGCCUAUUUCCUUUCCCAGAAUGAGACAGAAGAUAUCUUGGCAUUCACCAGGAAGUACUUUGACACUUCUAGAGGCCAGUGUAUGGAAACCAAGGUGCUGCAGAAAAGAUCAGGAGUACUAAGCCGUGAUGGUGCUGAUGAAAACACACUUCCUCAGCUUGCGGCCACAAUCAUUGCUUUGUCCCUCCAAGGUGUCUGUCUGGGGCAAACAAACUUGCCUUCCCCAGACUACUUUAUGGAAUAUAUUUUCAGUUCCUUGAAUAGUACAAAUACUCUCAACCUAUCAGAACUAGAUCAACUCCUCAACACCCUCUGGACCAGGAGUACCUGUACCACAAAAGAUAAAAUCCAUCAACUUCAAAGGAAACAAAACAACAUAACAAUCCAUAAUUGGGGCUAUUCAAAUCUAUCUGUAUUCCUGGACCAAGGGUCAGAUGAUGGCUCAGUUUCCUGGGAUCAGACUUGCUUCUCUGCUGGGCAACUGGUGGAGAUGUUUCUACAGAACAGGCUUUCAUCCAUUUCUAAGGAGGACUUUAAGCAAAUGAGUCCGGGAAUCAUCCAGCAAUUGCUCAGCUGCUCUUGCCAGCUGCCCAAGGACCAACGAUCAGAGCUGCCCCCAACCACUCUGGAGAAAUAUGGCUAUAGCACAGUGGCCGUGACACUGCUCACGCUGGGCUCCAUGCUCGGGACAACGCUGAUCCUUUUCCACAGCUGUGAGGAAGAGUACAGGCUUGUACUGCAGCUGUUUGUGGGUCUGGCCGUUGGGACACUUUCUGGGGAUGCUCUCCUCCACCUUAUCCCUCAGGUUCUUGGUUUACAUAAGCAGGAAUCCUCAGAGUUUGGACAUCUCCAUGAAAGCACAGGUCAUAUUUGGAAACUGUUAGGAUUAAUUGGAGGCAUCCAUGGAUUUUUCUUGAUAGAAAAGUGUUUUAUUCUUCUUGUAUCACCAAGUGCCAAGCAGGGCCUGUCAUUGGUUAAUGGGCAUGUGGGCCAUUCCCACCACCUUGCACUCAGCUCUGAAUUAAGUGACCAGAUAGGCAGAGGCAAGUCUGCUUCAACCAUCCAGUUGAAAGGCCCAGAAGAUUCACAGGCAGCUGAAAUUCCUAUAGGAAGUAUGGUAACAUCCAACAGAAAAUGCAAAACCAUUAGCUUGUUAGCAAUAAUGAUACUGGUUGGGGACAGCCUGCAUAAUUUUGCAGAUGGCCUCGUGAUAGGAGCAGCCUUCUCGUCUUCAUCCGAGUCAGGAGUGACCACAACAAUUGCUAUCUUAUGUCAUGAAAUUCCACAUGAAAUGGGAGACUUUGCUGUACUCUUAAACUCUGGUCUACCUAUUAAGAUUGCCAUCCUGAUGAAUUUUAUAAGUGCUCUAACUGCUUUCAUAGGACUAUACAUUGGCCUCUCAGUAUCAACUGAUCCAUGUAUCCAGAACUGGAUCUUAACAGUUACUGCUGGGAUAUUCUUAUAUUUAUCCUUGGUGGAAAUGCUUCCUGAAAUGACUCAUGUUCAAACACAGCGACCUUGGUUGAUGUUUCUCCUGCAGAACUUUGGACUGACCCUAGGUUGGCUUUCUCUCUUACUGUUGGCUAUAUAUGAACAAAAUAUUAAAAUAUAAGUUAAAAAUUUUGAAGUUCUUCAAAAAUUUAUAUGGUCUCAUCUUGUUUUGUUGUACUCUACAAAGAGAUGUAAAUCAAAUAUUUUUUUUCUUAAAUAAAAUGUCUUAGUUCAUUAAUUUAUUGAUUGUAUAAUGCAAGUUUAUUUCUGUGCUUAUAAAUAUCAGGUUGUCCUUAAUUGAAACUUUGCUUUCAGUCUCCAACACAGUGAGGAAACUCAUACCUUUUUUAGUAAUUAGUAAAUUCUAAAUUAAUUCCAGUAAACUUUCAAACAAUAUUGUUUCCCUAAUAAAGAAUGUUGUUUUGUAAUACUUGAAGUAGACAGGUGCCUGUUGGAAUAAAAAUCUGUUGUGAGUUAUUUGAUGUCAAUAAUAUUUUUUUCUCUGAGAUUAUAAA